GCUCUGUGGAGUGCCCACCCAUAGUCUGAAGCAUGGGGCAGGCAGGGAGCAAUAGGGGCAGGGUAAUUUCAUGGGGGUUCCUGUGGCUGUUGGCAGGAGGGCUUGCGGCAGUGGGUGCCUGGGGGGAGCUGUGCGAGGGCUGGGUGCCCCCCCAGCAAGGGGCAAGGUGAUGUGGGGCAGGAGCUGAUCUUUGGGGUGGGGGAAGCUGAGAGCUGUGCAUGGCAGGGACCAGCUUCUGCAUCUGCCACAGCACAGGAAAGGGGAUGUCACCACUGUGCUCAGGGGGCCUGACAUCCCUCCAUCAUCACCAAGCUCCUGAGGCACAGGGGGGCUGCAGCAGUAUCCCUCACCCCACUGUGGCCCUCAAGGGCUCAGUGUUGGGCUGUCCCCAGGCAUCCCACCCCCAGAACCACCAUGGUGAUGCCAGCUGGUGCGAGCUCCAUCCUGGUGCCACUGGUGCUGCUGCUGUGCUGGGUGGUCCCCAGUGAACAGGAGCCAGCCUCAGUGCAGCUGCGACUGGUGGGGCCACGGGGCCCAGCUGGGGAGGGCCGGCUGGAAGUGCUGUACCAGGGGCGCUGGGGCACUGUCUGUGAUGAUGGCUUCGACUUCCACGUGGCCACCGUUGCCUGCCGGCAGCUGGGCUACACCGCAGCUGUCACCUGGACCCACAGUGCAACCUACGGCCAAGGGGAAGGCCCCAUCUGGCUGGAUAAUGUGCGGUGUGGGGGCAGCGAGAGCUCCCUGGCAGAGUGCGUCCACAAUGGGUGGGGCACCAGCGAUUGUCACCAUGGUGAAGAUGCUGGUGUGGUGUGCUCAGGACAGCGCCUACCCAGUGCGUCCCCCCAGGCCACCACGUCUGGUCACCUGGGAGAGCAGGUGCUGGGGCUGAGCCUGGAGGAGGUGAGGCUCAAGCCCAUCCUGGCACGGGCCAAGCUGAGCAUACCAGUGAUGGAGGGUGCUGUGGAGGUGAAGCACAAUGGGCACUGGAGGCAGGUGUGUGAUGCCGGCUGGACCAGGAACAACAGCCGUGUGGUCUGUGGGAUGCUGGGCUUUCCCCGGGAGAAGAACAUCAACACCAGCUUCUACCGGAAACUCUGGAACAUGAAGCUGAAGGACCCAAACUCCAGCCUGAAGACCCUCAGCCAGAAGAACAGCUUCUGGAUCCACAGGGUGCAGUGCCGGGGCACAGAGCCCCACUUGUCCCGCUGCCCCACACAGGUGGCCCCAGCAGCCCCCCGCCAGCAUGCCUGCCCCCGUGGCAUGCACACCAUUGUCAGCUGCCUCCCCAGCCCUGCCUUCCAGAAGGGCACAGGCAAAGGCAAGAGCAAGAUCUCCUCAGGAAAGGUCCUACCAGUACGGCUGCGAGCUGGCACCCACGCCGGUGAGGGCCGGGUGGAGGUGCUGCGCCAUGGGCAGUGGGGCACUGUGUGUGACAAGCAGUGGGACCUGGCUGCAGCCAGCGUAGUGUGCCGGCAGCUGGGCUAUGGGACAGCAAAGCAGGCCCUGGUGGGAGCCCAGAUGGGCCAAGGCUUGGGGCCCAUCCACAUGAGUGAGGUGCGGUGCACCGGCCAGGAGCACUCCUUGGGCGAGUGCCGUUUCCGGGAUGCCGAGCAAAGUGGGUGCCAACAUGAGGCUGAUGCUGCUGUUCGCUGCCACAUGCCCCACAUGGACUUUCAGAGCCAGGUGCGGCUGGCUGGGGGCCGCAGCCCCGAGGAGGGGGUGGUGGAGGUGCUGGUGCCGGUGCAGGGGCAGCUGCAGUGGGGCGCAGUGUGCGGUGCGCAGUGGGGGCUGACCGAGGCCAUGGUCGUCUGCCGGCAGCUGGGACUGGGCUUUGCCAGCCAUGCCCUCCAGGAGACAUGGUACUGGGCAGGCAGCCCUGAUGCCACUCAGGUGGUGAUGAGCGGGGUGCGCUGUGCUGGUACUGAGCUGGCCCUCCAGCAGUGCCAGCGCCACGGCCCCAUCCACUGCCCCAGCGGCGGGGGACGCUUCUCAGCAGGGGUCACCUGCACUGCCCAUGCCCCGGACCUGGUGAUGAAUGCCCAGCUUGUGCAGGAGACAGCCUACCUGGAGGACCGGCCACUGGGGCUGCUGUACUGUGCCCACGAGGAGCGCUGCCUCUCGCACUCUGCUGACCACAUGGACUGGCCCUACGGCCACCGCCGCCUGCUCCGCUUCUCCUCCCAAAUCCACAACCUGGGCAGAGCUGAUUUCCGACCCAGGAUGGGGCGUCAUGCCUGGACCUGGCACCAGUGCCACCGGCACUUUCACAGCAUCGAGGUCUUCACCCACUAUGACCUGCUGACACUCAAUGGCUCCAAGGUGGCUGAAGGGCACAAAGCCAGCUUUUGCCUGGAGGACACCAACUGCCCAGACGGGCUGCAGCGACGCUUUGCCUGUGCCAACUUUGGGGAGCAAGGGGUGAGUGUGGGGUGCUGGGACACCUAUCGCCAUGAUAUCGACUGCCAGUGGAUUGACAUCACCGACGUGCCACCAGGCAGCUACACAUUCCAGGUGGUCGUGAACCCCAAGCAUGAGGUGGCUGAGUCGGAUUUUUCCAACAAUGUGAUGCGGUGCCAGUGCAAGUAUGACGGGCAGCGCGUCUGGAUGCACGGCUGCCACACAAGUGAUGCUUAUGGCGCCGACGUGGUGAGUGAUCUGGAGCGACGGGAGCGCCUGGCCAACAACCUCGUAUGACCCCACCAUGGGCACACUCCCGGCAGCACCGCGGGGCAGCCCGGCUCCUGCACCCUGGCAGCACCGGAUUGAGCUCAGGGACUUUGUAUUUAUUGAUGCUGCUGCAGAGGAUGGAGACAAGUACCAGGGUUGGUGGGGAGUGCCUAGGGGUCCCCAGCCCUGUGCUGCUGGUGGGAGCUGCGAGAGGAACCCAGGUGCCACAGCAGCCCUGACCUCAGUGGCUCUAGUGCCCCCCCAGGAUGACUACCUCAGCCUGCCCACCUGGCCCCCUGGUCCCAGCAGAUUCAGGACAGGCCUUGGCUAUUGCCAUGCAUGCACCAGUCCUGUCCUCAAUAAAAAGUGCUGUGCAAUGGGAGAGGGGAUAACUCCUUAUCAACCCCACCAUUCCCAGCUCCAUCCCCUGCUCUUUUCCCCACCAGGAUCAUUGAAGCCAGUCCUCAGCCAGGAACAGCCCUGGUGUAGGCAAUGUUCCUUCAGCCAGAUAGUGUCCUCCCUCUGCCACCCAGGCCACCAACCCCACAACUGCCUGCAUGUGGCCCAUGCUGAGUGGCCCCAGCUUGCCACCAGCAGUCCCUGCUCGCCAGAGUACCCUGGCCCUGAACUGGCUGACCCUGUGCAUGCAGAGGGACUUGGCCAGCUCUGUGGCAGCACGGGCUGGCAGCUAGCCCACCAGCUGCCGCAGAUGCAGCCACCAUUACUUUCCCAGGCUGCCCUGGCAGCUUCCCAGCCCCAGGAGCCGGGAUGGGGGCUGGUCUGCCCCUCAAAGCCCUUCCUUCUGGGCACCGGGUGGGACACAGGGGACACCCUUGCUCUGUUUCCUUCCUCUAGUGGUUUCUAGCAUUUUUUUAAAAAAGGAA